AUGGAAGAGGCUAUUGACGAUCAUGUGAAACUGCCCCAAAAACGAUUCUAUCGUCAACGGGCCCACUCGAAUCCGAUCGCUGAUCAUAGCUUCGAUUACCCUUUGUUACCGGAAUUGAGCAACUGGAAUGAACUCUAUCCCAACAUUGGCAAUCGUCAGGUUGUAUUUGCCGACAUUGGUUGCGGAUAUGGCGGGUUUCUGGUAACACUGGGCGAAACAUUCCCGGACAAGCUGGCUAUCGGUAUGGAGAUUCGUGUAAAAGUGUCCGACUAUGUGAUGGACCGUAUUAAAGCACUACGCCAGCGGCACAAGGGAAAGUAUGAGAACAUCGCUUGCAUUCGCACGAACGCCAUGAAAUACUUACCCAACUACUUCCGAAAACAUCAGCUGGAAAAGUUGUUCUUCCUGUAUCCGGAUCCGCACUUCAAAAAGGCGAAACACAAGUGGCGCAUUAUUAACCCAACCCUGUUGAGUGAGUAUGCGUACGUGCUGCGUCCAGGAGGCAAAAUUUAUACUGUAACCGACGUGCGAGAGCUGCACGAAUGGAUGUGUAAGCAUAUCGAAGAGCAUCCAUGCUUCAAGCGUUUGCCAGACACUGAAGCUCAGGAGGACAUUCUCGCCCCAAAGUUGCUGGAUAGCAGCGAAGAAGGUCAAAAAGUAACUCGCAUGAGCGGAGAAAAGUUUAUGGCGAUAUUUACUAGACUUUAAGCAACUCGUGGCACUAAUUGUGGCAAACCAGCGGCGGCAUGGUUUAAUGAAUUAAUUUUCAAUAAAUUUAUGAUCUUAAAGUACA